GGUCCCCAAGAGAAAACACUGUCACGAUGAUCAUCUUAUGGAUUACAUUGUUUUUUCUUCACCAAGGAUACUCUCUGGUUCCAGUUAAAACUGCUCAGCUUGGUGAACCAGCAACCUUAACAUGUGCUAUUCCCAAAGAGCUCAGCAUUAGAGGAGUCAACUGGUACAAGCAGAGUGUCGGGGAUACUCUUAAAUUAAUAGUUACACUGUAUAAAUCUACAGUUGAUUUUGGUCCUGGAUUUUCGAGCUUAAGAUUUGGAGUAUACGAUGGUAAGAAUUUUACCAGCUUGACCAUUUUAAAGACAGUUCAAGAGGAUGAGGGACUCUAUCACUGUGCAAACACAGAAUGGAUUGGAACUACAUGGAGUGGGACGUAUUUGUUAGUAAAAGGAAACACUCAGAGGACAUCAAACUAUGCAGUCAGUCAGUUGCUGAUAGAAUCAAAUCCAGUCCAUCCAGGAGACACAAUGACGCUCCAGUGUUCAGUCUUCUCUGAUUCUGAGAACAAGACGUGUCCAGGAGGUCUCAAUAUUCUCUGGUUCAGAACUGGAUUAAAUAAUAUUUAUCCAAACAUCAUCUACACUGACACAAAUAGCUAUAAUGAAUGUGAGAAAAAAUCUGACUCACAGGAGAGGUGUCUUUAUUACUUCUCUAAGAACGUCAGCUCCUCUGAUGCUGGGACCUACUACUGUGCUGUGGCCACAUGUGGGGAGAUAUUAUUUGGAAAUGGAAUUACACUGGAUACUCGAGAAAGCAGUGUGUGGUCACAGAAAGACAGUAGAGCUCUUUUUUUGAUCUUUGCUGUCGUGGUUAUAAGUCUGAUUGUUACUGCUGUCCUCAUAUACACAAUCAAGAUAAACAACAGUGAUCAUUCCAAAGUUGCAGUCCUGCAGAAAAACUUUAGUUGUCAGAAAGGGCAACAGGACACAUGGCUUUUAUCUGCUGUUGUCUUUACCAUGAUGGAAGCUGAAAGAAGUAAAAGAACAGAUCCAAAGGCAGCAAAACAGCGGCAGAUCUACAUGGCUGUCAAGGCUUUUGGGCUCGAUUAGGUCUAUUUACCAUCCUUUGGAAUGAAAUAAACUUUUUUUGCUGUUAAUUUGGCGCUAAUAGGUUUUUGUCUUUCCAUAGGCAUUAUUAUUAAUGUCUAGAUGUAUUUAAAUUGAAAAUGUACAUACUUGCAUACAUGUCAAGAUCAGUCCUGAAUACCAACAUUCCUAGUUUUGCCUGGAAUGUAUGAUACUCAGGUAAUUAGGGUGCAUACUACACUGGCACACACCCAUUGAAGUUAAAAUGUCAAAAACAGAAAGCUAUGAAAUCAGGGGAUUAUUAUUGUUUGUUAUUAUAUAGUGAAUAUGCAAUCUACCCCAACUGUAUUUUUCUGUUUCUAUUUUAUGAUUUACAUGAUGAUAUCACCAUGAAUAAGUAAAAAAGAAAGAAAAGUAUUGUAACCACAAUCAAAGAGUAACAGGAAAUUACUGAUGUAUUCAAACAGGGGAAACAUCAGAGAACAUCCGUAAAAUAAGUGAUUUUGAUCAUUGCACUGUCUGGUAUAGACAGGAUAAAUCAAUAAUCAACAGUGGAUGUAAUUUAUCAUUUGGCAUCAUUGUCUUUACUAUAUUUUUGGGACUUUGUUGUAACAUAAUGCCCUUAUUCUUAUGGUUAUUGUAUUUCUCAACAUUAACACAAUUAAUAAAUGUAAUUUAAAUGUAAUUAAUAAAUAGAACACCUUCUAGUGCAAAUACAGUAUUGUCCAACUUCAUUUGGCAGUUUUCUAAACAUUUGUCAUCACCAGGGCUGGAUAUUUUAGAAUCUAUGUCAUUAACAUUGAAAUAGUCAUAGUUAACAAUGUAGUGGAGUUAGGACCCAAAUACAGACUCAGAAUGAAUCAACAAAAGAUGGAGGUCUGUUGCAGGAGUGCAGCAAAAACCAGACUGAGGCAACGUGAAUCAAACUUGGGCACAUAAAUUGUUUGAUCUGUGAAUUAAGAUAAUUGUAUUAACAUCUCUUUUUUAAUUAAGUAAAAAAGAUGUUCAAAAAAGAUAAAUAUUAACUUUCACAGUCAAGAAUGUGUCAUUGCUGAAUACAUGUGACUACCCAACCCCCAUUUGACAGAAAUAUUCUGCUUUAUUCUCUUUAUUGAUUUUUAUGAUAGUAAAAAAUAUUGAGAUGCUUCUUUUCUCAUUCUGAAAUGUGAAUGAAUUCAACAGAAAUGAUUUUACAAAGUCAAAAAGAUCGUCUAAGGAACCUAUGCAGUGUGAAUCAGUGCUUCAGAGGAAAGACAAAUAAGAGGACCAAUAAGAGACAAAUAAUACAAGGAUUAAUAAAUAGCAGUACAUCUUAGCACAGUACAAAGAACAUCAUGAUUUUUCUACUAGAAAACAAAUCCACUUACAUGGUGUACAAAGGACCCGAUUUCAGCUUGACAUUUAGUUUCUAUGGACAAAAGUCCACUGAAAUGUUUUGAAUCAGAAAGACCAGCAACGGUAUUCAAGAUGUAUUUCAAAAUAUUUUAAAAUAAAUGGAUACAAGAAGAAAACCUCAGAGGACCCACCGAUCACUAGAGAAUGCAACAAUCUGCCAUAAAGUGGAAGCAUGAGCCAGUCUUUAAAUAUUGCAAGCUGAUGAGUGAAUGCUGAACAUGUGUGAUGUCUAAAAGUCAAGAAGCUUAAGAAAACAUGAACUCCACCCAAAGGUGGGAUAGUAAGGAAAAUCUAGGCCAGCUCUCCACCUGAGAAGAGAGGUGGAAUGAUGGUCUUCACUUCUGGUUUCCACAGGUAGACUAAAGGGCAGACCGAGAGGAGACGGUGAACCAGAAGUUAGACUUAUCUGUGCACCUGGAGCUUGCACCUGGCCAGGGUUGAGCAUGCCCGUAAUUCCCUGACCUCCUUUGCCACUGGGUUGUACCCAGUUUGAGGCUUCCCUGGGGUAUCAACCACUGCUCUUGAGUCAAGAGACCAAACUGUCUGCCCCACCAGUUCAGCACUAUAUUUGUCACUAUUGUCGUUUAUAGGGUGGCACCAAUGCAGCCUUACUUUGAACUGAGGAACAGAAUAAGCGGCUCUCAUAUUGUCAUUUGACCUGGCUCCUGACUGCUCUCAGGAGCAGAAGAUUGCUUACAUUUAUUAAAUAAAUCUAAGAAACUGUAAACCAACGUCAUUGGAACAGUUUAAAAUAGACUUCUUGCUUACGCCUCAAACUCCCCAGGAACAUGAGAUUUCACUAUAUUUUUCACAUCUUACCUAAAGACUUUUCAGUUCAGCAUAUCAAAACAUUAUACGAUGCUAAUUAUAAGCAACUGAAAAAGCUUGAAAUGUGAAAAAAUAAAGCUAUAAUGUUGUUGUAUUACUCUUCUUUUAACUAAAUUGUUACUAUAUUAAAAUAUUACUAUAUUUCUAAAUGCAUUUGCUAUUUAGUGAUUAUUGCUCUUGUUUUUGGCCCUGUACAACACUUGGAUUCAUUAAUGUUGUAAAGACAAUAAUUAUUAACCUUUGUUACUGAGCUCUGCUAUCACCAUGUUAUUAUCAAAAAGGGCCAGGAUACAGGUAAGAAGAAUUGCAGGUGAAAAUAAUGGGACAAUCACACAGCAAAAAGCAAAACCCACCUUUAGAGAAAACAGACAUUAACAGACUUGGGGAUACAGUAGUACCAAGACAUUAACACAGAGUCAAAACAGGAGGAGAAGUCAGUGAAACACUGUGGAAAGCUAGAAAUCAAAUCAAUCCAGAAACAUAAAACUCAAUAGAAGUUCAACAAAAAUGUAACUCACAUACAGACACACUGAAGUAGCCUACAAUCAGUUUUCCUAUAUGAGAAAGUAAUACAAAAAUACACAUUUACAAAUACAAUACAAACACAAAAUAUAAAUAUUAAUGACAUGCAUAAAUGUUAAACUUGUAAGUUGGGGUGAUUAAUUACCAAACUGAAAGGCUAGCGCUCUCUCACAAGAAAACAAAAACAAAAUGAUUUUCUAUUUCUGUGAGGCUGCAGCUAUUAUUAAAUGCUAAUAACUUAUAAAUAUACUAUGUCUGGUACUCAAGGACUGCUCACACAUUAGAAAGGGCAUUAGGUG